UAUUAUAAUAUUUUCUGCCCUAAUGAUGCCGGCAUUACAGAACUUACUAAAUAUAAAUCUUUGUUUCAGGCGGAUGUUUCCUACCGUAAGGGUAUCCUUUACGGGUAUUCGGGCCGAGCAGCGGUACGUUGUUAUUUUGGACAUCGUCCCCGUUGAUAACAAACGCUAUCGUUACGCUUAUCACCGUUCCUCUUGGUUGGUCGCGGGAAAAGCCGAUCCACCUGCACCCUGUAGGCUCUAUGCUCACCCAGACUCUCCCUACACUGGAGAACAAUUACGUAAACAAGUCGUCUCCUUUGAAAAAGUCAAACUGACGAACAACGAGAUGGACAAGCACGGACAUCUCGUUCUGAAUUCCAUGCAUAAAUACCAGCCUAGAAUUCACCUCGUGAAAAGAUCAGACAGUGCGUCUGGGCCAAUAAUCGAUUUGGAGCAGGAAGAGUACAAAACAUUCAUCUUUCCCGAAACGGUGUUCACAGCUGUCACGGCUUAUCAAAAUCAACUGGUAAGUUCGCUGGGUUUACUUAUACGUAUAAACGAAUAA